AUGCUUGGGUGCGAUCUCGAUCCCGCCCGAACAGGCGCCGGGACAAUCCGUGAGCUUGACAAGACUUCAUCCACGCCGAAGAGAGAAUGUUGCGGUGGUGACAAAAGGUCCUGGGGUGAAGUCAUGGAGGCCGGGGCCCUUGGAGUGAGGUGGACGCCAUGUACAGACGAGAUAGGGCAAUGGCACACUCUAACCGAAUCGGGCUUGGGUAGGCGACAUUCGGCAUGGCGGGGACCCCUCAUUACCCAGAGCCAACCACAUCCAGACGGCAUCAUUCACGAAAACUCCCGAGCCCGUCUUGCAUUGGGGGCCGUACCUUGUAGCGUUGUGCAGGACGUCUUAUGUUGUCAGACUCCUGUUUGUAGCACUGGCAUAGCCACCAUCCAACCUUGUGGCUGGUCUUGGGUUUGCCUUAAGGCAGACUUUUGGCUGAAAAAUAAAAAAGGCGAGAUGCUCUUAACCAGCCUCUUUCUCGUGACCCAUGGCCGUGCUCUGGUCCCAUGUCUAUUGAGAGAAAACACUAGCUAUCAGCAUUAUAUUUCGACAGACAUAGACAAUCCCUUCUUGACUUUCGACGAUUCACGCGAAGACCCAACCACAGGUCGUACCGAGCUUGAAGCGUACGUCUGGCAAUUUGCGACCGAGGCAGGGUUGGCCGAUCGAUAUGAACUGCUCAGAUUCGGCGCCCGACUGGCUCGUGACAAGCAUGAAGCAAUGACCCGAUAUGCUGGUGAGAUUACGGAUCCUGAGAAGAUGCUCCUGCAAACCGAGAAAAACAAGCAAAGUGGCUUUUGGAGGCAAUCAAAGUUCUUUCGUGCUACAAUCAUAACUGCAAGUCUCGGAGGUAUGAUACAAGGGUGGACACAGAGCGCCAACAAUGGAACUGCCUAUGGAAUGCCAGAUGAAUUCGGCUUGUGCUUCCGAGGCGACGACUGCAGUUCCUCAGAUCUGUGGACGUUUGGCAUGCUGAAUGCUAUACCCCUGCUAUCGGCUGGUUUGUUUGGCACUGUACUAGCAGAUCCGCUCCAGGAAAACUUCCUGGGCCGGCGAGGCAGCAUCAUGGUGUCUUGUGGUAUUACUAUUGCCUCGACGAUCGGCGCCUCUGUUACGCAUACAGUCGGCCAACUAGCAGCCUGUCGGGCGAUAAAUGGUAUAGCUCUUGGUGCGAAAGCAUCUAUCACCCCUAUCUACUCCGCAGAACUAUCCCCAGAGCAUAUUCGGGGCGCGAUACUGGCGAACUGGCAAUUGGCUGAUGCUGCAGGCAUAUUUUUUGGCUUCCUUGCGAACCUCCUCAUAGUCAUCUACGUUGAAGACAAGUUCAAGAGCUGGAGAAUAUUGACCAACACAGUACUUAUUCCGACAGUCCCACUUCUCGUAAUGAUCUAUCUGAUGCCCGAAUCACCCCGAUACUUGAUGAAGCACGGCAGAUACAGAAAGGCCCUUGAAGCAUUCGAACAAGUCCAAACCACAUCACUUCUCGCCAGCCGGGACUUUAUCUAUGCACAUGCACAGCUCGACUUUGAAAGCAGGUUGAUGAGGGGAAGUGCGAAAGAGCAGGGCAAUCUGGCUCAGCGUAUCGAUAUCAGCACUCAGAGUCUUUCCGGCGGUCUUGCAGAUUCCCAAUUAAUCUCACCGAACGAUUCCGUAUCGCAAGGACAGUCCAUCGCAGCACCAACAAAUGAUAUCAAUCUACAACUACCUUUAUCCUCUCGAGGAACCGUUCAAAGUUCCGCCCUACAAACCACACAAAGCCAAGAACCUACUAUCGAACUGAGGGACCUCCCGACUGAUCUUCGUCACCGAACCAGUGACGUCUCCAGUCUGGAUAUCGACUGGAUUCAGCGCGCAAGAAAGAAACGAAACCCAUACUCCUAUCACAUUGGAGUGACUGGCUACUUCAAGCGCCUAGUUCAGCUAAUCACGAAACAACGUUGCCGACGCGCGCUGCUGAGUGCCUCGAUCUCCAUGAUCAGCCAGCAAAUGACCGGGGUCAACACCAUAGCCUUCCUAGGCACUGUAGUCUGGGAAAAUUCUCUAAAUGUCUCUUCUGGCCCCGAAGACACAAACAUCGGCGCUCAGACCGGAGCUAUAGUUGGUCUUACCAAAGACACGGCCCAGACGGCAGCGAUAAUUGGUCUUGCGUUUGGAGCGGCCAACUACGUGUUUGGACUUCCGGCUUACUGGUUAUCUGAUGUCAUAGGCCGCUCCAUCAUGUUAGCACUAGGUCUCCCGAAUAUGGCGUGGUCGAUGCUGGUUUUUGCAUUCUUGUUCAAGAUCGAGGGUGAAGCUAAGGUCCCGCUCGUCAGUGUCUUUGCUAUUAUUUUCACGGCGUUUUAUGCACCAACGGCAGGUACAUCGCCAUUUUCGAUUUCGGCCGAGGUGUUCCCUUUGGUAUCGAGAGAGGUCGGUAUGGCAGUGUCGGUCGCCGUAAACCUGCUAGGUGCAGGCAUUCUAGUCCUUGUGUUUCCAUUCUUGAUGAACAGUAUCAACAUCACGGGCGCGCUGUCGAUCUUCGCCGGACUGAAUCUCGUCGCGUUUGUGUUGGUAUACCUCUUUGUACCGGAGACGAAGAUGCGAACCUUGGAAGAGCUUCAGUACACGUUUGACCUGCCUACAAGAUGGCACGUUGAAUAUCGAGCUGGAUAUAUCCGAAAACAUGUGGUGAAUAAUUGGUGGCGAUAUGUGACGCGGAAGCAGGUGGCGCCGCCGAUCCCAUUUUAUGAAUGGGCGCGGAUUACUUACGAUCAGAAGGAGGGAGGCAAUUAG